GAGUCGGAGAUGACGUGGAUCCUCGAUCACCCUCUCGAAGACGCGUGAAUUUACAAGAAAUGCCCAGAGAGAGCGUUUUAAGUGGGAAGGGUAGUAUCGUAAAGAGCAAGAAACCAUCUCCUGGUUUUCGCAAAUAAUCCCGUCUCCGCCGCUGCAUCUUUCCUUCAUCUCUCUCUCUCUCUCUUUCAUCUGUAUAUAUAUAUAUAUGUAGAUAUAAAACUCAGCUUUUGUUGUCUAUGCAUCAUCGAGUUUAACAGGCAAUGCUCGUGUCUCCCUCUCUCUCUCUGUCUAUUUAUGAUUGGGUUCUUUAUCUGAAACUGGGAAGCGUUUGUGUAACUAAGCUUAUCGGUGAUCGAUCUGAAAGCUAUUCCAAUCCCAUUUUUCGUGAGUUUUUGUGAAAGAGGAAUAUGGCUUCAAAGUUGGCUGUUGAUGCGAUAGAAACAUCCACCAAGGUCCAUUUCUCAGGCUUUCAUUUAGAUUCAGCUAAAUCAAACCAUAUGGCUGCCUCAGCUGAAGAAGAACAACAACAACAUGGACAGCCUUUUGUAAUCGGAGUUGCUGGAGGAGCAGCAUCCGGGAAAACAACUGUCUGCGAUAUGAUUAUGCAGCAACUUCAUGAUCAGAGAGCCGUUGUUGUUAACCAGGAUUCUUUCUACCAUAAUGUAAAUGAAAAGGAGCUUGCAAGAGUUCAUGAUUACAAUUUUGAUCAUCCUGACGCUUUUGAUACGGAGCAACUAUUGUGUUCAAUGGAGAAGUUAAGAAAAGGGCAAGCAGUAGACAUCCCCAACUACGACUUCAAAAGUUACAAAAACAACGUCUUCCCACCAAGAAGGGUGAACCCUUCUGAUGUUAUCAUCCUUGAAGGGAUACUCAUUUUCCAUGACCCUCGUGUACGAGAUUUGAUGAACAUGAAGAUAUUUGUAGAUGCAGAUGCUGAUGUGCGUUUAGCGAGAAGGAUUAAACGCGAUACCGUUGAGAAGGGCAGAGAUAUAGCGACUGUUCUUGACCAGUACUCAAAGUUUGUGAAGCCAGCAUUUGAGGAUUUCAUACUCCCAACAAAGAAGUACGCAGAUAUAAUAAUCCCCCGUGGUGGUGAUAAUCAUGUUGCUAUUGAUUUGAUUGUGCAACACAUUCGCACUAAGCUUGGUCAACAUGAUCUCUGUAAAAUAUAUCCUAAUCUUUACGUCAUUCAAUCAACUUUUCAGAUACGUGGGAUGCACACUCUAAUCAGAGACUCCAAAACAACAAAGCAUGACUUCAUCUUCUACUCUGAUCGAUUGAUUCGUUUGGUUGUUGAGCAUGGCCUAGGGCACCUUCCCUUUACAGAAAAGCAAGUGGUCACUCCCACAGGAUCUGUGUAUUCGGGGGUGGACUUCUGUAAGAGGCUGUGUGGUGUCUCGGUUAUCAGAAGCGGUGAGAGUAUGGAGAAUGCUCUGAGAGCAUGCUGCAAAGGCAUCAAGCUUGGGAAGAUUCUGAUUCACAGAGAAGGCGACAACGGUCAGCAGCUUAGAUACGAGAAGCUACCCUCAGACAUUUCGGAAAGGCACGUGCUUUUGCUGGACCCAAUCCUUGGGACAGGGAACUCGGCGGUGCAAGCGAUAAGACUGCUGAUAAGUAAAGGAGUACCUGAAUCCAACAUAAUAUUUCUCAAUCUCAUAUCUGCACCGCAAGGAGUAAAUGUGGUGUGCAAAAGGUUCCCGAGGAUAAAGAUUGUGACAUCUGAGAUAGAACUAGGUUUAAACGACGAGUUCAGAGUUGUUCCUGGUAUGGGAGAGUUUGGAGACCGCUAUUUUGGCACUGAUGAUGAGUGAGUGAGUGAGAGAGAGAGAGAUAGAGCUUAUUAACACUCUCGAGAAUCUUUGAGUUGAAAGUUUUGGAAUUCUUUGAUGAUUUUGUUUUUGGUUUUGAGCUGUUUAUUAUCGGAUUCACACGCACAUCACAUGUAUACCAGACACAAAAUUUUCCAGUUGAAUUUAUGAAGAAGAAGCCUUUUAUCUUGA